AUGGAUCAACAGAACUGCAAAUCACCCCUCAGUUGCAUUUACCCCACUAGACCUUACGAAAAUCAAGCAAUUGCACAGCCUGACUACUCAUUUUGUGAUGUCCCUCGGAUACCAGAUUGUAUUCUUCAAUCUGCUGACAAUAUACGGCCUUGCAAUGAUGAUUUUCCAUAUGCAGAAGCCCAGGGCUGCUGCCCACGUGAAGCCAGCAGGUUUGAUAGAGAAAGAUCAGGCCAGUCUGAAACAGCAAAUAGAUCAUAUCCUUUGACUCUCCCAUUCUCUCCGAGUGAUGCUAAUACACUUACAACUUGCUGUAUUGCCCCACCACUUCAAGUUACACCUGGCCUACUAGGACCCAAGCCUGCUCAAUUUAAGUGUUUUCAUACUCCUGCUUACCACCAUGCUUCUGAAUGUGCCCUUGGAGACAUGUACAGCUCUUCAAUCGAUUACAGAAUGAACGAACUAGACUCGCGUACAGAGGACGAUUGUCCUGAUGACGUAGCUCUACUUCGAUUUCUUGAUCAACGGCUAGGCAGGGAGGAGGGUGGUGAGGCUGGGAUGGGGUCAGCUGGCGAAGAAGAUCUUCUUUCACUUGAUUCUAGGAGUUUGCAUCUUUCACAAUCCCUACAUCUACCCAAUUAUCCCUGCUCCUAUCAUGCCAUGUUGGGUCAAAAUGACGCAGAAAUUGCUGAUGGACAAAUAACAACAGUUCCAAUAGUGGACCAAACCCCUUGUCGCAUCGCCCAAAAUGAUAAUGCAAUCUUUGUGAUUGGCGAGGCGCCUGAUUUGACAAGGGAUCGACAAUCGUUGACCUCUUCUCUCGGUAGUCGGAAUUUUAUUUUACCGAAAAAAUUUACAUUUCGUACAUGUUGA